GUCGGCUGGCGGAGACGGCGAGGGGAGGGGGCGGGGGAUGCCGGCUCCUGAUUGGCUGCGCGCCGCGUUCCAGACCCCGCUGAUUGGCCCCUGAGGAGCCGGACCCAUGCUGGCCAAGGGCGUGAAGCGGAAGCACAGCGAGAUGGAGGCCGGGGGGGAGCCGGUGGCAGGCGCUGCCGGGGGGACCCCGGCCCCCGCCGCCCCCUCCGACUCCCUCUUCAACAUCUCCAUGCUGAAGCUGCACCAGAGCCUGCGGCACGUGGAGCCCAACCUGCGCUACCUCGUCCUGGUGGCCAACACCCUCCGGCGCAUCCAGGACCAGAUGCCGGCGGAGGCUGAGGGACCGCUGCCCCCCGGCUGCCCCCCGGCCAGCCCCGAGCCCGCGGGCGGUCCCUCCGCGGAGCAGCGGCGGGACGGCGGCGCCCGGUGCCCGGCGCCCGAGGAGGAGCUGCUGCUCUCCAGCUGGGACGCUUCGCUCUGCGCCUCCCUCUCGGGCGCGCUGGAGGGCAUGGGGCCGCUCGGCGCCGGCGCCCCGGACCCCACGCCGCCCGCCGACGAGGCGCCGCGGGACGGGGCGCUGGAGCUGGGCGGCUGGCCGGACGCCCCACGGCCCCCGCACCCCUUCUUCGGCCCCCUGGAGCUGCUCAGCUCCACCAGCUCGCUGCUGGAGGACAGCCUGGAGGGCAUCUUCGAGGACAUUGACACCUCCAUGUACGACUGCGACGUCUGGUCCCCCACCAGCCUGGCCGGCUUCAAAGCCUUCUCCGGGGCGGACGAGGAGGGCGAGGACGGGGCCCGGCUGGACAUGAACGACUUGGACUACCUGAUGGACGUGCUGGUGGGCACCCACGCGCUCUGAGGGGCCGCGGUGCCCCAGCGGGCCGCCGUCUUAACUUAUUCGGGACUUGAGCCGGGGACCGCGCGGCACGCACGGGGGCCGUCGGCCCGGCCGGUGCGCACCAGGACGAUGUGCCAUGCAUAGGCCCACAGACGGGGCUCGGAUCCUGCCUCCUGCUCCCGGGGGGCCGGGACCCCCGGCUGCAGCCCUGGAUGCUGGGGAGGGGCUGCAGACUGCUGCUCCGUGCAGUGCUGGGCUGCUCCGUGCAGUGCCAGGCUCUGCUGCUGGGCUGUGCCGUGUGGUGCUGGACUGCUGCACGUGGUGCUGGGCUCCGUGCAGUGCCGGGCUGCUCCGUGCAAUGCCGGGCUGCUCCAUGCAGUGCCGGACUGCUGCACGUGGUGCUGGGCUCUGUGCAGUGCCGGGCUGCUCCGUGCAAUGCCGGGCUGCUCCGUGCAGUGCCGGACUGCUGCACAUGGUGCUGGGCUCCGUGCAGUGCCGGGCUGCUCCGUGCAAUGCCGGGCUGCUCCGUGCAGUGCCGGACUGCUGCACGUGAUGCUGGGCUCCGUGCAGUGCCGGGUUGCUCCUUGCAGUGCCGGACUGCUGCACGUGGUGCUGGGCUCCGUGCAGUGCCGGGUUGCUCCUUGCAGUGCCGGGCUCCUGGUGGGCUCAGGCUGCAGGAGCUGCCGGUGGCACCGGAGCUGGGGACGGUUAAAGCAAGCGGGUUCAGUGGGCACUGUGGCCCCUGCCCAAGGCAGCGGGUUUGGGGCCCGCAGCUGUGUCGGGGACCCUGCGGGGACGUCGGCCAGGGCUCGGUGCCUGGCAGCUAGGGUGGCGGCUCCGGAGCUCGGGGCGCGCUGCCGCGAAUGUGCACUGCUUGGAAAUGAGGAUAAUAUAUACCCGAACGGC